AUGGAGCUGGAGAACAACACAGUGACUGAAUUCAUUCUUCUGGGUCUAACUCAAUCUCAAGAGGUACAACUUUUGGUUUUUGUACUGAUCCUCUCAUUCUACAUGAUCGUUCUUCCUGGGAAUCUUCUCAUUAUCAUCACCAUCAGAUCAGAUCCUGCUCUCACAGCACCCCUAUAUUUCUUCCUGGGCAACCUGGCUUUCUUGGAUGCUUCUUAUUCUUUCAUUGUAGCCCCCAAGAUGCUGGUAGAUUUCUUGUAUGAGAAGAAGAACAUUUCUUAUCAAGGGUGCAUCACCCAGCUCUUCUUUUUGCAUUUCCUUGGAGUAGGUGAGAUGUUCCUCCUUGUGGUGAUGGCCUUUGACCGCUAUAUUGCAAUCUGCCAACCCUUACGCUAUGCUGCCAUCAUGAACCACCAGGUAUGCUAUGUGCUGUUGCUAGCCUUGUGGGUUGGGGGUUUUGCCCACUCUAUUGUGCAGGUGGCUCUCAUUAUCUGCCUGCCUUUCUGUGGCCCCAACCAGCUGGACAACUUCUUCUGUGAUGUCCCACAGAUCAUCAAACUGGCCUGCACUGACACCUUUGUGGUGGAACUCCUAAUGGUGUCCAACAGUGGACUGCUCACUCUGCUAUGCUUCCUGGGUUUACUGACAUCCUAUGCAGUCAUCCUGUUUAGGGUUAGGGGAUCUUCUUCUGAGGGGAAGAGCAAGGCUUUGUCCACUUGUACUACCCAUGUUAUCAUUGUGUUUCUAAUGUUUGGACCUGCCAUCUUUAUUUAUACCCGCCCUUUUAGGUCCUUCCCAGCUGAUAAAGUGGUUGCCCUUUUUCACACUGUCAUCUUUCCCUUGCUGAAUCCUGUGAUUUAUACCCUGAGAAACCAGGAAGUGAAGGCCUCUAUGAGGAAGUUGGUGAAUAGGCAGUUUAUUUGUAGAGUAGAAUGAAAAAUGAAUGUCACUCAGCAUAUCUUCAGUUGGGAUUCAUUCAUUACCACCACGCCCUCUAG